UUAACAAAAACAAAGGUUACAUAAUCCAAAAAGUAAAAGACCAAAACCAAUCAAAUCUUGGUGCAAAAGAAAGAACCUUCCUAAGUUGUCAUUCAACUCGACUCUCAGGCUAUCUAUCCACCACAAGGGUGCGCGUUGCAUUGCGCACUUUCCCCUCAAUUUGCCAAUUCUUCGUCUUCCUCACGCGUCACCCCUUUUGAAUCUUCCUUCAUCAUCAACCCCCAAUUUCUCUCUCCUAGGUUUUGCGGAAUUCAAUUACGAACGAACAAUCGAUCAACCACAAAUCAAAUCGAGUCGAAUCUAAUUUAAUAAUCGUCUUUAUGCAUCCCUAACCCUAAUUCACUCGAUCAAAUCAAAUCAAAAUUCGAUAAAAUUCAGCUAUGUACAGCAAUUUCAAAGAACAAGCGAUCGAGUACGUAAAACAAGCAGUACAAGAAGACAAUGCUGGAAACUACGCGAAAGCUUUCCCUCUUUACAUGAAUGCGUUGGAGUAUUUUAAGACUCACUUGAAGUACGAGAAAAACCCUAAAAUUCGCGAAGCAAUUACUCAGAAAUUUACCGAGUAUCUCCGUCGAGCUGAGGAGAUUCGAACCGUGCUCGACGAAGGAGGAGGUUCUGGGCCCGCUCCUAAUGGCGGUGAUGCGGCUGUUGCGGCUCGGCCGAAGGCAAAGACGAAGGAUGGGGAUAAUAAGGACGGGGAGGAUGCUGAACAGGCUAAGUUGCGGUCUGGGCUUAACUCGGCGAUCAUCAGAGAAAAGCCUAAUGUAAAGUGGAAUGAUGUUGCUGGGUUGGAAAGUGCUAAGCAGGCUUUGCAAGAAGCUGUUAUUUUGCCUGUUAAAUUCCCUCAGUUUUUCACUGGUAAGAGGCGGCCAUGGAGAGCUUUUCUUCUGUAUGGGCCACCUGGAACAGGAAAAUCAUACUUAGCCAAGGCUGUUGCAACGGAAGCAGACUCAACAUUCUACAGUGUAUCAUCUUCAGAUCUUGUAUCUAAGUGGAUGGGGGAAAGUGAAAAGUUAGUUUCUAACCUUUUCCAAAUGGCCCGUGAAAGCGCUCCUUCGAUUAUCUUUGUUGAUGAAAUAGACUCGUUAUGUGGUCAACGAGGAGAAGGAAAUGAAAGCGAAGCUUCUAGACGUAUCAAGACAGAACUACUAGUGCAAAUGCAGGGCGUUGGACACAACGAUGAAAAAGUUCUUGUUCUUGCUGCAACAAACACACCAUAUGCUCUAGAUCAGGCUAUCCGGCGACGUUUUGACAAGCGUAUUUAUAUUCCUCUACCAGAUCAAAAGGCUCGGCAGCAUAUGUUUAAGGUUCAUCUUGGGGAUACCCCACACGACUUGAAGGAGAGUGAUCUUGAAUUUUUAGGUCGUAAAACAGAGGGCUUCUCUGGUUCAGAUAUAGCCGUCUGUGUCAAGGAUGUACUUUUUGAACCUGUUCGUAAAACUCAAGAUGCUAUGUUCUUCUAUAAGACAAAAGAUGAUGUUUGGAUUCCCUGUGGACCAAGGCAUCCAGGUGCUAUCCAAACUACCAUGCAGGAUCUUGCAGCAGAAGGACUUGCUGCUAAGAUAGUUCCGCCCCCGAUUACAAGAACAGAUUUUGAAAAAGUACUCGCCCGACAGAGGCCAACUGUGAGCAAAAAAGACCUUGAAGUUCACGAGAGAUUCACACAGGAGUUUGGAGAGGAAGGUUAAUUUUUCCGAUGGAGGAAGGUUAAUUUUUCUGAUGGAGGAAGGUUGCUAUGUCACCACGAGGAGGUCGCAUAACUACGACUUAAUUAUUUGAUAUUGUUUCUGAUGGACUGCUCUUUCCCUACUUCGAUAAAGAGUUAUGAUGUAAUGUGCCUCCUCCUGUAUUUCAAGUACACUCUACUAUUUGAUGCUGAAGAAAUUGUUUUUUCUGUGGUUGAAACAAAGCCCUAUAAUUGUGAAUUAAGUUGUUGCUCAUUUAUUGUGUAUCAAAACUCAGAAAGUAGCCUGCUUGGCACUUGAUGUUUUACCGUCUUUUGUAAGUAAUACAUGAAUAUCCAAUAGUUGAUUACAAAUUUAUCACAGUUCCGUUCCUUUGCUUUUA